AUGACCCACGCGCUGCUCCUUCUGGGCCGCCUUCGCGCCGCAGCCUUGUCCUGCCUGCCUAUGCGCACAGAGCCGCGCCUUCUUUCGGAGAUCCUGAUGCAGGCGCACUACCCCAUGGCCGCAGCCGCUGCCGGCGGCGCGCCCACAAGUCGGCCACGCAGCGGCAAGCUGUUGGACUUCUCGCUGGUUGGACCGGUCGGCUUGCUUCCCGUGCUGGAAGAGGAACGAUUGGCUGCUGAACGUCGCAAGAGCAAGACGAUGGAACCCGACAUCCGAGUGCGGUCCACGACCUUGUGA